AAAAUGAUGCAAAACUCAAUAUUUGUCGGCUUUAGAUCUAUGUGAUUUUGUGUCAGGUUGUCAGUAGAAGAGACAGCUUCAGUGGUUAAAUGUUAUCUGAAAGCAAAAGUGUUUUUUUUUCGCCAAAUAAUAAGAUAAUUUGAGUGCAUUUGGUCGAUCAACCGGUUGAAAUGAGUACUUUGCUCAAGUUUAAAGACCGUUCACGAACGGAUUACAUAAAUAGAAAAAUCAUCGAAGUAUUCCGGCAAUGUGAAGGACCCGACGUUGAUUUAAUUGUGGCAAACAAAAAGGUCGUGUCUGCACAUCGCGUUAUACUCACAAUGUAUUCGAACUACUUUCGACGUCUUCUCGCCCAUUCUGGGCCUGAACGCAAAUUCAUUGUUCCAAUGACAUCAUUUACGUCGAUUGUUAUGCAAACGGUGGUUCAUUUUUUCUACUAUGGUGAGGUUCAAGUGCUGGGCUCAAUUAAGGGACAAGUACUGAAAGCAUUGGAAUUUUUGGAAGUGCAAUAUGAACAACCGGGCAAGAAACAAGCUGCUAUGAAGAGACCAUUUCCAAUUGAACAGCCAUCGGACACAGCAAAGACAAAUUCUCCUCAAACGAUUGAUCCGAUUACAGUGUCACCACAAAUUCAAAACAAAUCUGGCGCAGAACAACAACAGCCACUCAAGCAAAAUGACUUGAUAAAGCAAAAAAUCGAUCCAACUGACCAAUGUGCUGCCCCAACCCUGGUGAAACCUACUGUCGUCAGCACCACAGUGGAAAAUUCAAUCGUUUCAAAUGAGAAUGUACCAUCGACCAAAUUGUCGGUGCCGAUUGUUGAAGCCACCGCAGAGAAGAAUACACCACCGAUUCAGCAAAAUGAUGAACAGGCUAUAAAAAGUGUUGAUACAUCGCCACAAACCGAAAAUGUCCAAGUGAAAUCAACGAUUUCAAAUGAAUCAACUACAGAAGAUGCGGCAGAGAAAAUAGAGAAGCAAUCGAUUUCUACUGCAACACUUUUCGCUUAUGAUGUUGACAAAGCCGCUGAAGAAUUGCACGAAACAGUCGAUGCUCUGAUAAAAGAGCUCGACAAUGAGAUUGAUGACAUUGAAUACGACUCAUACGACGAUGAAUUGGAAUUGUGAACACUCAUUGAUUUCGAAAGUGUAUGACGACAAAUGUCAAGACACUUCUCCGAUUAUGACACGUGACAAAUUGAUUCUAUUCAAAACAAUAACAUUAUUCAUUUCACUGAAUUUUUUUUGUAAAUAUGCAUUUGACACCGUUUAAUCAUCCUUCAUUGAAAUUAAUAUUUAAAAAAAAUGUCAUUGUUGUAAGAUCCUGAUGGUAGAAUUAUGGUUGAAAAAAAUAAAAAAAAAACAUUUUGAAACGGUUCGAUUUUCAAAACGCAUUAUGGUCAUGUGCUGAUUUGGCAAAAUUGUUUAAUUUAAAUUUAACGGUUGAAAUAUAAACAAAUCUACACUCAAAACCAUAAUGAAACGGCAUUUUGAAACAAAUCAUUUACUAUCGUUUUAUAUGCAGAUUUCACAAAAUUCAUUUUAAAUUCAUAUGAAAACAAUUAGCAAAUAAAGCCGAACACAUUUAAUCACUUUGACUUAAUCUUUUAAGCGUACAAAAGAACAGAAAAUGCAAGCACAAAAAAAAAAAACAAACGCGACCAUAAUUCAUUGGAUAAAUCAAAUGCUAUAAUAAUGAAUGAGUAUAUAUUUUUUCUUCUCUGUAAUAAAAUCAAAGUCCGAAAUCAAUGCAAGUAACGUAUUGUUUUAUUCGUGUUUUUUCAAGUGAA